UACCACCUUUGUACUUCACUGGCUAAAUGUUGUCACAAAAUAUUGCUCAGAAUGGACUUUUUAUUAUUGUACAGGGUGAACCGUUCCUGGAUAGUUACUUGCCUAACCCUUUCCCAUGUUAUGAUGUCUUGUCAUACGGAAGAACAUUCUGAGAGGCACCAACUUCAUGAGUUUACAGUGAAGGGGAAAGAUCUGAAGCUAUGUGACAAUGAUAACCGCGUGUGUGUCACUGACUACAGCGACUGUGUCCCCAAAUCUCCUGUGUCACAUGAAAGGGUGAACAUAUCAUGCUUUUUUCUACUCACUGACUACUCUCUGUCUCCGUACCCUCAAUGCCUUUGGAGUCAGGAAUAUAACAUCAAUGCAGAAAGCAUGUACUCUCUCAUUUUCAGUCAGACCACUCCUAUUUAUUCUUGUACGGGAAUCUUCAACUUUAGUGGACGAAUGAAUGUAACUUUAAAAAUGAAGAACAACAUGAACGGAAUGGAGUCGUGGUCAGAGCCCUACGAAGUGGUGGUACUUGAAGCAAUAAAGGCACCUUGUCCUACCAUCACAUCAGUCAAUGGCUCUGACAACUCACUGGAGGUGACAUGGGGGAUCAGCAAGUGGCACACUAGAUGUCGGGUCCGUUACCGAAUGGCCACCGCUGACAAAUGGACUCAGAUCCCAGCCUAUGUUCCUGUGGAAUACCCUGAUAAAACAGUCUACACAAUUGAAGGCCUCAAGCCGUUCAGCAGCUACAUCAUAGCCGUUUCCUGCAUUUUGUCAUACGGUCACUGGAGUGACUGGAGCAUGGAGACAACUGGGACAACACUGGAGAGUGCACCCUCUAGAUCGCCAGAUAUCUGUUAUCAUAUGGAGACGGUGAACAAGCAAGGACCUCAUCACCUUAUGCUUAUGUGGAAGGCCCUUGAUGUUCAUGAUGCUCACGGACGUAUUCUUGGGUACCAAGUGAGCUACACACAAACAAAGCACCCCUCUCUGAGUGUGACCACUAACACCACAGAUCUGAAGGUGGUCCUUGUGGUGUCCGAGGAAGAGUUGGAGGUCACAGUUAUGGCGUACAAUAGUGCUGGUGGAUCUCCUUACUCUCAUCUAAAGAUUGACCCGAGUCUUCAUCAGACUGUAUCCUCAGUGAGAAGACUUUGGGUGAAUUCUGAAGAUGAUAGGCUGGUGCUUCAAUGGGAUGUGGGACACAUAUCCCUGCCAGUUAGUGAGGUUGCCCAUGAGUGGGCCACUGAUGCUGCACAUCCCACAUCCAGUCACUGGAAACGAGUAAAUGGCUCCACCAGAUCAACAGUCUUGAAAGACCAUCUUCAGCCUGGGACAACAUACAGAAUCAAUGUUUACCCCAUAUCUAAUCAACUGUGUGGGCCACCCAAGUCAAUCUUUGCCAACCUAGAGUACGGAACGCUUUUAGGUGCUAUCGGAAUGCACGUUGUGGAUGUGACUAAAAACACAGUGACUGUACAGUGGGAGUGGCAGAGGAAAGAGCUUCACACCAAGGUUCUCAGAUACAGAGUGAUACUGCGCCUGGGGGAGAUACAGGUCGAAUCUCUCCCUGUCUGGCCAGAUGUAUGGCAACAUACAUUCCUCAAACUCCGUGCAAACACAGGCUAUUCUGUUCAUUUACUGGCGGAGACUUCUAAUGACAACAUUUCAAGAGAAAUUAUUCCUAUUAAAACAAAUAUUUUUGAACAAAAUGAAAUAAUGUUCACCUCCUGUCUAAUCAUCCUGCUUACCCUUGGCCUUGGAGUUUUCUUCAUAUUAUCCAGAACUGUCUGCAAAGCAUAUUUCUUUCCAACAAUUGCUAACCCUGGGGUCAGUGUUGUUGGACGAUGGCUUUUGGAGUCCCACCAUGAGAAAAGCAGUGUGAAGAACGUACUGAAGCUGGAGGAGUUCUUAGAAAAAGGUUUUGUUGAGCUGGGGCAAGAAAGGCCACCUGUGAGAGAGGAUGGGAUUUUUAAUCCUGGUUCAUCUCACAGUACCCUCAAUAUAGAACAUGUGUCUAUUCCACAAAAUACAGAAUACAUUGAAAACACUCCUAAAAGUAACAGAGAUAACAGGGAUUCCUGCCUGAUGUUUAAAAAUGUUGCCCACAUAGAAAAUGGCCAGGGUAGCAUACUUCCAGAAAGCACCCAAAUACAAUGCGAUUUUGACUAUAUAAGGAACGGGCAUACUCCUGGGGAAAUUGCAUUUUUAGAGAACACCCCACUUGAAUGCAAUGUUGAGUAAAUUGAAAACACUUUUUCUCUGCAAUAAUAGGCUCACAAUGGAUUGUCUUAAAUGAAUGCCAUUUUAAUAUUCUCAAUAAACCUGACUAGAUUAUCCAUUUAAAUGUUGUACAUGUAAACCAUUUUAAGUGCUACUGUAAUUCAUAAUGUUACAGGCUUUGUUUUUUCCACUUAUGUUUUGAGGUUGGACUUAAGCACGUAUAGCUCGUUAGCACGUA